AUGAUAUUUUUCCGUGAAGAAUGCCAGAAAAUAUGGGGUAAUAUACGUAAUAAUUUUAGGAAAGCUCUGAAUAACAGAAAAACAAAGAGUGGUGACCCGUACACAAAGCGACGCCCUAUCAAGUUUGAAAAAGAGCUGGAGUUUUUGAAAAAAUUCAUUCAGCACAGAAAACAAACCUCGAAUCUGGACUCCUCUUCAGAGGAUACGCAGACUUCUUUCGCAGAAUCCGCUGUCAAUGAUAAUGAUGAACGUUCAGUUUCGCGAAUGACCAAUGAUUCACGCCAUUCCUUAAUAAGACCAGAACCUACAACAACUGCUGAAAUACUAAAUAAAUACAUUGAAUCGAAAAAGGAGGUGGACCCCAUUGAUUCGUUCUUUCAAACAAUGGCUGCCACAGUAAAAAAACUACCAGAAAGAGUGCAGGUCCAAAUAAAGAGACAAAUAUUUAAUGUGGUAACUGACGCCGAAUUAAAAUACAUAGAGGGAACUCCAGCUCCAACAUCUGAAGAUGUCUCUAGCUAUGAAACCACCUCAGGCUCUGGUUAUGAAGCUGCUUCGGGGUCUGGCUAUGGAACCGCCUCAGGCUCUGGUUAUGAAGCUGCUUUGGGGUCUGGCUAUGGAACUGCCUCAGGCUCUGGUUAUGAAGCUGUUUCACGGUCUGUUUAUGGUACCGCCUCUGGCCCUGGCUAUGAAGCUGCUUCAGGGUCUGGCUACAAAACUGCAGUUUCUGAAUACGAAACUAAUCUAAACUAGUAGGUACUCUAAAUUAAGUAAAAACAAAUAAAGAUCCAGGGAUUAUCAGUGAGAAGGUUUAUCAGUGCAAAAACUUGAAAAUCGUUAUUAUGUGUCUACAAUACAUGAUUGUACUUGGCAAAAAAUAUUGUUUUUUUUUUUAAAUUUAAUAAAAGAAGAAAAAAUAAAA